AUUAAAAAUAAAAAUAAAAAAUUUACUUAACAAAAAGAAUUUAUAAUGUAAACAGUAUUACAUGAUUUUAUUUUCUAUGUUGGUACUUAAUACCUUCAUAAAUGGCAACACUGAUACCAAUGCAUUUAUGUCCAGUUAAAGGAGACCUUAUACAUUUGAUGUUCAAAGGCGGUCAUUUAUUUCGAAACUCUUGUCUGUUAUUAAUGUGCUGAAUAUUUAGGGGUGAAAAAUGUUUUAGGUAUCCUCUUCAAAAUUUUUAAGUCAUUUCUCUACAAAAAUGAAAAGAAUAUGUGUUCUACUAAUGUAUAUUUGGACAACGGCAUACAGCCAAAAUGGAGAUUCAAAUGAAAAAUCAUUGGGUCGAAAAUUAUGUCCACCGAUGGAAAACGUACCGCAGCCCAUUAAUCGAGUCAACACAUCUGCUAUCCUCCACGAGUUAAGAAAUGAAAUGAAGAAAAGGAAUGCACACCAUGGACCUCCAAUCGAUGCGUAUAUAGUUCCAGAUACGGACGAACAUCAAAACGAAGAAGUGGCAGACCAUGACAAGAGGCUGAAAUACCUUUCGGGAUUUAGUGGCACUGGCGGGGUGGCUGUAGUGACACAGACUAAAGCGAUUUUUUGGACCGUAUGGAUGUACCACAAACAGGCGGAUGAAGAGCUGUCCUGUGACUGGGAGCUGUUGGUUCACGGAGAGUCGAAAAGACUGGAUGAAUGGUUACUGGACGAGUUCAAGCCUAAUUCCAGGGUAGGCGCUGACCUUAAGCUCAUUUCGAACGGCGACUGGGAAUUCUUGUAUCACGCGUUAGCAAACGAGUCCAUCAGCUUGGUGCCCAUCAAUAACAACAUAAUCGACAUGAUAUGGGUGGAUAACCGGCCCGAUAAUCCAACACGUGAAGCAUACGUCUGGCCGCUGGAAUAUGCAGGCAAGAGUUGGCAAGACAAGUUGGAUUCUACCCGUGAAAAAAUCAAAGCUAUGGGGUGUGACGCAAUGGUCGUGACGGCUUUGGACGAAAUCGCAUGGCUGUUGAACAUUCGCGGCCACGACAUACCAUACGGACCUUUUCUUAAGUCGUAUGUAAUUAUCAGCAAAGACCAGUUACAUCUGUACACCGAUUCCGUGAAGCUCAGUCCUGACGUUCGGAGACAUCUGCAUACGGACAACUGUAUUUCGGCCCACUGCGCCAGGCUCCACGAUUAUGAAGCCAUAUGGAUCGACCUGAGAACACUGUCGCAAAUUUGGCAAAAAGUGCUAAUACCGUCUGCCACAGAGUUCAACAACGGAGCGAGCAGAUGCAUUUACAUUUUGAUCAAUACCGAAAAGAGAAAGCAGGCUCCUUCGCCAAUCAUGUACAUGAUGGCAGAAAAGAAUUCCGUCGAAAAGGAAGGAAUGCGACUCUCACACAUUAGAGAUUCGGCGGCUAUGUGUAAUAUAUUAGCCAAGCUAAACGAGCAGUUUAAAAGUGGACAGCAACUCACCGAACUUGCAGUGGCUAACAUGGUGGACAAAUACAGAGACGAGCAAAACUUCAGUCGUGGUGCGAGUUUCAAAUCCAUUGUAGGGUACGGGCCCAACGGGGCUAUACCUCAUUAUACACCGUCAAUUUCGAGCAGCUUGAAACUUGAUCACAUUAGCACAUUGGUCAUUGACAGCGGUGCUCAUUACUGGGACGGAACUACGGAUGUGACUAGGACGGUACAUUUUGGACAACCGUCAGCUGAACAAAUAGAAGCAUACACGAGAGUGUUGAUGGCGUCCAUCGACCUUGCGUCGUUUACAUUUCCGUACAAUUUAAAACUUAAUCAGAUUGACGUAAUUGCCAGGGCACCGCUCUGGGAUUUCGGUUACGACUACAAACACGGUACCAGCCACGGGAUCGGAGUGUUUCUCAAAGUCCACGAACCACCAGUUAAUAUGUAUUAUGGGCAAAAAGCAAGUGACAUAGUGCUCAAGGAAGGAUAUUUUAUAUCUGACGAGCCCGGUUAUUAUAAAGAAAAUCAUUUUGGCGUACGUCUAGAAACUAUAUUAGAAGUGAUUACAAAGAACGAAACAAUGGGUAAAUAUUUGACGUUCAUGCCGAUUACUCUAGUGCCGUUCGAACCAAAGCUCAUAGAUUACUACAUGCUUAGUCCAAAACAAGUGCAGUGGUUAAACGCGUACAAUAUCAAGAUCAGGAAGAUGGUGGGUGAUGAACUCCUAAAAGACAACAGUAGCCGACUAGGUUUCGAAUGGAUGAUGGAUCGAACGAUGCCGUUGUUUUCGGAUGGGCGUAGGAACGAGGUCUGCAUCUUGGUCACCGCCGCGCUAAUCGUCGCGAUUGUUACCAUCAAUUCGCUGACUGUUUAGAAUUUCCAAAA